AUCACUCUAAAACUACUUCAUUCUAAGGUUGAUAUAAUCGACGAGCGUUACCGAAGUGCAUUCAAUAAAAUCAAAAUGCUUACCAAACGUUUGGCUAUUAAUGUACCAAAAGUUUUAAAACGCAAUAUCGGCAUUGUUGCGCCAGUAUUGCAAAAAGCAAGCGAUCCAAUUCAACAGCUAUUCAUCGACAAAAUUCGCGAGUACAAAGCGAAGAGCGCAGAUGGAAAAUUAGUUGAUGCUAAUCCAGAAAUUAAGAAGGAAAGGGAUGCUGAACUCGAGAGACUUGCAAAACAGUUUGGUGGUUCAGACAGGUCUAAAAUGUCACAAUUUCCUGCCUUUCAAUUUAAAGACCCAGCAGUGGAUGUUAGUUCAGUGAAAAACUAAGUACACUAAUGAAGCAUACAAAGAUACAUAUAAUUAGAACAUCUGUAAUAAAAUUGUUAUAUUUAAUAUUAAGUAAUCAGUUGCAAAAAUACACAUAUAUGUAAAAGUAUAAAGGUAA